AUGACCGAUUGGGUUGAGCCACUCAUUGACAGGAGCCAGCCCGCCAGAACAAAUCACGUGAUGAAAGAUGACUUCUGCCUUGCGGAUUUGUUCGCCCCUCAAUGCCAACCCUCCAAGGUCAUCGACAUUCAUAGGGCCCUGUUUGGGAGAAUGAAAACCGGAAAAUGUUUAACAGGAAGUUACGGCCAUCUUGGAUGUUACGAUGACGUCACGAACUAUCUUAGGUACCGUUGUCAAGGCGGAAGUAGUUGUUUUGUUCACGUGACUGAUUUUGAAUCACACGUUGAAGUCGGAUACAACUAUAGCGAAAACAACAUUUGCCCAUUAAAUGGAAUUCUGCACAUCCCUAUUCUGACGUCACAUCCGGUGACGAUGAUGAGAGACGAUGACGUCAGAAGGCGUCUGAAAAGGAAGAGGUCCAGUUUGGCGAUUGUUGAGGAUGGGGCUGGAAAAUGGAUCAUAGCCAUAUGUUGCACUGCUGGACGGAGUGAUGAUGAUGAUGAUGAAGACGACGACGACGAUGAUGAUGAUGAUAAUAGCAAUAAUAAUAAUAAUAACAGUAAUAGUAAUAAUAGUUAUCAUGAAGAAGAUGAUGAUGAUAGUGCGGACAUUAAUGAUCCUGAUAGCGAUAGCGGAAGAAGUUACCACAACCAUUUUGUCGUCAACUACACUAAUAUUAACAACAACAACAGUAAUAACAACAAUAACAAUAAUAAUAAUAUUAGUAGUAAUAGUUCGACAGUAAAAACCGUCCAUAGAAAUAUUAAUCUUGAUAAAUACAACAACAACAACAACAACCUGUAUCGAUAUAGCGUUGUCAGCAACAACAACAUCAACAACAUUAACAACAACAAUAUUAACAACAAAAACAACAACAACAACAACAAUAAUAAUAAUAAUAACAACAAUAAUAAUGAUGAAAAUAUUUUGGUUUUUCAACAAUCCAUGGCAAGAGACGUCAAAUUUUACUUCAUAGGCGCUAAGUAUAAUCAUGACGUAGGCAAUAAUAAUAAUUAUAACAAUAAUUAUAAUAAUAAUAAUAAUAAUAAUAAUUAUAACAAUAAUAAUGAUAAUAACAACAAUAAUAAUAAUAAUCGUCAUCGCAUUGUUAUAAAAUACGAAGGCUUGCUAUUGGUUGUCGCUAUUGGCGUAUCAGUUGGCGUCUUUACCGGAGGCCUCCUCCUCUCAUUGGUUUCUAUUUUUAGCAGCAACAGCAACAACAACGACGACAAUUGUAUCCAAAGAUCACGUGACUAUCUUGCCGGAAGUGAUCGUAACUUCCGGUUUAAUCCGCCCAUCCUUUUUUCAGAACACGAUCGUUAUCAACGUUCUUCGAGAUCCUCGCCGAAACAUUCUGACACCUGCCUCUAUAAGAUGACGUCAAGAGGGUUCAAAGUUCAAGGUCACAACACACACGAACAAACUUUGAAGCAAAAUUUUUUUUAA